GACGGCGGGAAGAUGGCGGCGGCGGGAUCCCUGGAACGGAGCUUCGUGGAACUGAGCGGAGCUGAACGCGAAAGGCCCAGGCACUUUCGAGAAUUCACAGUCUGCGACAUUGGGACUGCAAGUGCCGCGUUUGGAACGGUGAAGUACAGUGAGAGCGCGGGAGGCUUCUAUUAUGUGGAAAGUGGCAAGUUGUUCUCCAUCACCAGAAACAGGUUCAUUCAUUGGAAGACUUCUGGGGAUACAUUGGAGCUCGUGGAAGAAUCACUGGAUUUAAAUUUGUUGAAUAAUGCUGUUCGCCUAAAAUUCCAAAAUUACAACAUCUUACCCGGUGGGGUUCAUGUCUCUGAGACUCAGAAUCAUGUGAUAAUCUUAAUAUUAACCAAUCAGACAGUGCACAGAUUAAUUUUACCACACCCUUCCCGUAUGUACAGAAGUGAGCUGGUAACUGAAAGUCAGAUGCAGUCAAUAUUUACUGACAUUGGAAAAGUUGAUUUCAGAGAUCCUUGCAACUCUCAGUUAAUUCCAUCAGUACCUGGGCUGUCCCCGAGUUCCACCACAUCUGCAGCCUGGCUUAGCAGCGAUGGGGAGGCUCUGUUUGCUCUACCAUCUGCUUCUGGCGGCAUCUUUGUUCUUAAGCUGCCUCCUUACGAUGUACCUGGGAUAGCGUCAGUGGUGGAACUGAAACAGAGCUCAGUGAUGCAGCGAUUACUCACAGGCUGGAUGCCCACAGCCAUAAGGGGUGAUCAUGGGCCUUCAGAUCGUGCCCUGAGUCUCGCUGUUCAUUGUGUGGAACAUGAUGCCUUUAUUUUUGCCCUGUGUCAGGAUCAUAAACUACGGAUGUGGUCCUAUAAGGACCAAAUGUGCCUGAUGGUGGCUGAUAUGUUGGAAUAUGUCCCUGUAAACAAAGACCUUCGGCUCACUGCAGGAACAGGACAUAAAUUACGGCUUGCGUAUUCCCCUUCCAUGGGGCUCUACCUAGGAAUAUAUAUGCAUGCUCCAAAACGAGGGCAGUUCUGCGUUUUCCAGUUGGUGAGCACUGAGAAUAAUCGCUAUAGUUUAGAUCACAUUUCUUCCCUGUUCACGUCUCAGGAGACACUCGUCGAUUUUGCCUUAACCUCAACAGAUAUCUGGGCCCUGUGGCAUGAUGCUGAGAACCAAACAAUUGUGAAAUAUAUCAACUUCGAACAUAAUGUUGCAGGUCAGUGGAAUCCAGUGUUUAUGCAGCCUCUACCAGAAGAAGAAAUUGUCAUCAGAGACGACCAAGACCCCAGAGAAAUGUAUUUGCGGAGCCUUUUUACACCAGGACACUUCAUAAAUGCAGCUUUAUGUAAAGCUUUACAGAUUUUCUGCCGAGGUACCGAGAGAAACUUGGAUCUUUCAUGGAAUGAACUAAAAAAGGAAAUUACUUUAGCUGUUGAAAAUGAGCUCCAAGGAAGUGUGACAGAGUAUGAAUUCUCCCAGGAUGAAUUCCGCACUUUACAACAGGAAUUCUGGUGCAAGUUCUAUGCCUGCGUUCUCCAGUAUCAGGAAGCCCUCUCCCACCCUCUUGCUCUACAUUUGAAUCCUCUCACAAACAUGGUGUGCCUUCUGAAAAAAGGAUAUCUGUCUUUCCUGGUACCGUCUUCCUUAGUAGAUCAUUUAUAUCUCCUGCCUGAUGAGCACCUUUUGACAGAGGAUGAGACGACCAUAUCAGAUGAUGUAGAUGUGGCACGGGAUGUCUUAUGUCUUAUAAAAUGCCUCCGGAUGAUUGGAGAGUCAGUUACCAUGGACAUGGCAGUUUUGAUGGAAACCAGUUGUUACAACUUGCAAUCUCCAGAGAAGGCUGCAGAACACAUUUUGGAAGAUUUGAUCACUAUUGAUGUAGAAAAUGUGAUGGAAGACAUUUGUAGUAAACUGCAAGAGAUCAGAAACCCCGUCCAUGCCAUUGGACUUCUUAUACGGGAAAUGGAUUAUGAAACAGAAGUGGAAAUGGAAAAGGGGUUCGAUCCAGCUCAGCCUUUGAACAUUCGAAUGAAUCUUUCUCAGCUCUAUGGUAGUAGCACAGCAGGAUAUAUUGUGUGCAGGGGUGUGUAUAAAAUUGCCAGCACUCGAUUCCUAAUCUGCCGAGACCUCUUGAUCUUACAGCAGCUGCUAACAAGGCUAGGAGAUGCAGUGAUCUUAGGAGCUGGUCAGCUCUUUCAAGCUCAGCAAGACCUGCUGCAUCGCACAGCUCCCCUGCUCUUGUCUUAUUACCUCAUUAAGUGGGCAAGUCAGUGCUUGGCAACUGAUGUCCCAGUUGACACACUGGAGUCUAAUCUACAACAUUUGUCAGUACUGGAACUAACUGAUUCUGGUGCCUUAAUGGCAAAUAAAUUGGUAUCUAGUCCUCAGACAAUUAUGGAGUUAUUCUUCCAAGAAGUUGCAAGAAAACAUAUUAUAUCUCAUCUCUUCUCUCAACCCAAAGCCCCUCUAAGCCAAACUGGAUUGAAUUGGCCUGAAAUGAUUACUGCAGUUACUGGUUAUUUGUUGCAGCUUUUGUGGCCUAGCAAUCCUGGCUGUCUCUUUCUAGAAUGUUUGAUGGGAAAUUGCCAGUAUGUACAAUUGCAGGAUUAUAUCCAACUACUGCAUCCCUGGUGUCAAGUCAAUGUUGGGUCUUGUCGCUUUAUGCUGGGACGGUGUUACCUAGUUACGGGAGAAGUACAGAAGGCUCUGGAAUGUUUCUGUCAGGCAGCAUCUGAAGUGGGCAAAGAAGAAUUUUUAGAUCGCUUGAUCCGAUCAGAGGACGGAGAAAUUGUGUCCACCCCCAAGUUGCAGUAUUAUGAUAAGGUUUUACGUCUACUAGACAUUGUUGGAUUGCCUGAGCUGGUUAUUCAGCUUGCUACAUCAGCAAUUACUGAAGCGGGUGAUGACUGGAAAAGUCAGGCUACCUUAAGAACAUGCAUUUUCAAACAUCAUUUGGACUUGGGUCAUAAUAGCCAAGCAUAUGAGGCCUUGACCCAAAUUCCGGACUCCAGCAGGCAGCUGGACUGUUUGCGACAGCUGGUGGUGGUUCUUUGUGAGCGCUCCCAACUGCAGGAUCUUGUAGAGUUUCCCUACGUGAAUCUGCAUAAUGAGGUUGUAGGAAUAAUUGAAUCACGUGCUAGAGCUGUGGACCUUAUGACUCACAAUUACUAUGAACUUCUUUAUGCUUUUCACAUUUACCGCCACAAUUAUCGAAAAGCUGGUACAGUGAUGUUUGAAUAUGGUAUGCGUCUUGGCAGAGAGGUUCGAACUCUCCGGGGACUUGAGAAGCAAGCCAACUGUUACCUGGCUGCUAUUAAUUGUUUACGGCUUAUUCGUCCAGAGUAUGCGUGGAUCGUACAGCCAGCCUCUGGGGCAGUGUCUGAUCGCCCUGGAGCAUCUCCUAAGCGGAAUCAUGAUGGCGAGUGCACAGCUGCCCCAACCAAUCGGCAAAUUGAAAUUCUGGAAUUGGAAGAUCUCGAGAAAGAAUGUUCUUUAGCUCGAAUUCGCCUCAUGUUGGCUCGGCAUGAUCCAUCAGCGAUUGCCAUUGCAGGAAGUUCAUCAGCAAAGGAAAUGGGCGCUCUCCUGGUUCAGGCUGGCCUCUUUGAUACUGCCAUAUCACUCUGUGAGACUUUUAAGCUUCCAUUAACACCAGUCUUUGAAGGGCUUGCUUUCAAGUGCAUUAAGUUGCAGUUUGGAGGAGAAGCAGCACAAGGAGAAGCCUGGGCCUGGCUAGCAACCAAUCAGCUAUCUCCUGUCAUCACCACCAAGGAGUCCAGGGACAAGUUAAAACAUGUCUUAAAUCACAAAACAGAAGAGAAAAGCCACUUAAUAGACAAUAUUACAGUGUGCCUGGAGAAGGUUGAUGCUGCCGAGUUGCUUCGUCUUUACCUGAACUAUGACCUUUUAGAAGAAGCUGUGGAUUUGGUCUCUGAAUAUGUAGAUGCUGUAUUGGGAAAAGGACAUCAGUACUUUGGAAUUGAGUUUCCACUGUCAGCAACAGCCCCAAUGGUAUGGCUUCCAUACUCUUCUAUUGACCAGCUUCUCCAGGCCCUGGGAGAGAACAGUGCCAACAGUCACAACAUUAUACUUUCCCAGAAAAUUCUUGACAAGCUAGAAGACUACCAGCAAAAAGUUGACAAGGCAACGCGAGAUUUACUGUACCGUCGGGACUUGUGAUCUGGAUAGCUGCUCAGCUUUGUAACCUUGGUGCCUCUUAGGGCUUAGGACUACUCUGCAGAAACCCUGUCCGCAAGGCCAGUUUCUAUAACUGUAAACGAUGUGUGUGGCACCUGAGUCUGCAUCCUUCACACACAGAGAGCAACGGCAGGACCGACCCUGUGCUUGCUUGUGGUGCUAACACGGUUUCUGGUUUGCAAACUUCGUCUCUAACAGCUGCUUUUGUAUAUGAUUCUCAACCUUUUUUCAGAGUUUAUAUUUUUUUAAACUACCGAAGACAUCCUUUAUCUGCAAACAAAAACUCACCUUCACUUUCCGUAAUAGCUAAUGGUUGUUGGUUUGUUACAGCUGACCACCAAAUUGUCACUGCGUGUCCUUUCAUUUUUCCUUACCUUUUUUAUAUUUCAGUGGAUUUGUUUUGGUCCAGAACUAACAUCUAUUUUCUGUACUGCAAACAAAGGCUAGUGGUUUUACAUGCUCCUUUCAUUAUUUAUUAUAGUUUUUCAUAUGACCUUUAAUAAGGUAUUAGGUAAUAUGCAUAGAUUGAGCAUAAAUUAUGACCAGCUUUUUAAGGAAAUAUAUAUUUUGAAUCUGGCUCUAAGGCUAAAGUUGAAAAAAACUAGUGUCCAUCUAUAAAAGAAACAAAUUUUCAUUUUUCAAAUUGUAUUAAUUUAUGUGAUUUAUAAUAAUCAAGCUGGACUUGAUCAUACAGUUAGUGUGAUAAUAUAUUGGACCAAAAUAGGAUUUACCGGUCAGAAUCAGAAACAUUCAUGCAUACAAACUUUGGGAAAGGUGAAAAAUAAUAAAAAUAUCCUUUGAUUUUAUUCUGUAUAUUAAGAUUUAUCUUUUAAGGAAACAGUCUCUAUACUAUUUGUUUGAAUGAAUGCCCUUCAACAUCUGUGGGUUUUUUUAUAAACUUUAGAACUUAUACUGUUAACAUCCUAUUUGUGUUACAUAGUUUAUAGCUCUCCAGUGCUUAACAUGACACACUAUGGAUUGGCCCUUACCCUCGCAGCUUUCUAAACUUGUGGUUUUCCACUACAACGUAAAAGUCACUGGCCUAUAUUCAACCACACUCAGUCGUAGUCUGAAAAUUAGCAAACCCUGCUUCUGCCAUAUCUGAAGAGCAACAAGUGGUGCUGCCUCGCAGUUCACAUAGCACUGCCUUGCAGUUCUCAUGGCCUUUCCUGUGUUAACCGCCAUGUCAAAGCCAGUCUCACCUCCCCUUUAGUCGACCCGUCUCAUUUUGCCCAGGCAGAGCAAAGGGGUUUGUGUUCUCACUUCAGUGUGUUUGCCGCCGUGGCUCUGUGCUUGUGUUUACUGCACCCUGUGAGAUCUUACUAGUCCACAGGGAUUAGACCGUGGCUUUUUUUGUUCUGUUGUUUGUUUUUUCUCUGUCAGAAACUUUAAAGGCUCUCUGAGAGUCUAGAGGAAUGGCUCAGUGGUUACACAGGCUUGCCAUUCUUCCAGAG